GCCGUCCGCGCUGACGUGCGUGCGUGGAGGUGACGGAGCGGGCCGGACGCGUCCCUUUGUUGGCUCAGCGGCGCCUGGCAGAGGAGGAGGCGGCUUUGGGGAAUCGCUCCGCCGAAGGAAGGCAGGCAGGCAGGAAGGCGGGCUAGGCCGCAGCCCUCCCUCGCGUCCCUCCCUCCCUUCCUCCCGUCAGUCCCUUAGCCGGGGCCUGCCCGGCGCCUUCGCUCCUCCUCCUCGGCCUAGGCCUCAGCGGCCUCCUCCUCCUCCCCUUUCUCGCCGCCACCAUGGACUCGGACGAGGGCUACAACUACGAGUUCGACGAGGACGAGGAGUGCAGCGAGGACAGCGGCGCUGAGGAGGACGACGACGACGACGAGCCCGACGACGACCCCGACGACGGCAACCUGGACCUGGGCGAGGUGGAGCUGGUCGAGCCCGGCGUGGGCGGAGAGAGGGACGGCCUACUCGGCGGAGAGACCGGCGGGGGAGGCCUCGGGCCCGGAGGAGGAGGAGGCGGCGGAGGAGGAGGAGGGGGCCUCGGGGGAAGCAGCGGCCUGGGCGGGCCCGGCUCCGGAGGGGGACUAGGCCACGACCAGGAGGAGGACUACCGCUACGAGGUGCUGACGGCCGAGCAGAUCCUGCAGCACAUGGUGGAGUGCAUCCGGGAGGUCAACGAGGUCAUCCAGAAUCCAGCAACUAUUACCAGGAUACUCCUUAGUCAUUUCAACUGGGAUAAAGAAAAGCUGAUGGAGAGGUACUUUGAUGGCAACCUGGAGAAGCUCUUUGCAGAAUGUCAUGUAAUUAAUCCCAGUAAAAAGUCUCGAACACGUCAAAUGAACACAAGGUCAUCUGCGCAGGAUAUGCCUUGCCAGAUCUGCUAUCUGAACUAUCCUAACUCGUAUUUCACUGGCUUGGAGUGUGGACAUAAGUUUUGCAUGCAGUGCUGGAGUGAAUAUUUAACUACCAAAAUAAUGGAGGAAGGCAUGGGACAGACAAUUUCAUGCCCUGCUCAUGGCUGUGAUAUCUUGGUGGAUGACAAUACAGUUAUGCGCCUGAUCACAGAUUCCAAAGUUAAAUUAAAGUACCAGCAUUUAAUAACUAAUAGUUUUGUAGAGUGCAAUCGACUGUUAAAAUGGUGUCCUGCUCCAGAUUGCCACCAUGUUGUUAAAGUUCAGUAUCCUGAUGCUAAGCCUGUUCGCUGUAAAUGUGGCCGUCAGUUUUGCUUUAACUGUGGUGAAAACUGGCAUGAUCCUGUUAAGUGCAAGUGGUUAAAGAAGUGGAUUAAGAAGUGUGAUGACGACAGUGAAACUUCUAAUUGGAUUGCAGCAAAUACAAAGGAAUGCCCUAAAUGCCACGUGACCAUCGAAAAGGAUGGCGGCUGCAAUCACAUGGUCUGUCGGAAUCAGAAUUGUAAAGCAGAGUUUUGCUGGGUGUGUCUCGGCCCUUGGGAGCCACAUGGGUCUGCCUGGUACAACUGUAACCGCUACAAUGAGGAUGAUGCAAAGGCAGCAAGAGAUGCCCAAGAGCGAUCCAGAGCAGCCCUGCAGAGGUACCUCUUCUACUGCAACCGUUACAUGAACCACAUGCAGAGCCUGCGUUUUGAGCACAAACUCUAUGCCCAAGUCAAGCAGAAAAUGGAGGAGAUGCAGCAGCACAACAUGUCCUGGAUCGAGGUCCAGUUCCUGAAGAAAGCAGUCGAUGUCCUCUGCCAGUGUCGUGCCACACUCAUGUACACUUAUGUCUUUGCCUUCUACCUCAAAAAGAAUAACCAGUCCAUUAUCUUUGAGAAUAAUCAGGCAGAUUUGGAAAAUGCUACCGAGGUCCUUUCUGGGUAUCUGGAACGAGAUAUAUCCCAAGAUUCACUGCAAGACAUAAAGCAGAAAGUGCAAGAUAAGUACAGAUACUGUGAGAGCCGGCGGCGGGUCUUGUUGCAGCACGUGCACGAAGGCUAUGAGAAGGACCUGUGGGAGUACAUUGAGGACUGAAAGGGGCCUGCAUAAAGCGAACUCUGAAAACCUUUUUUCCCAUCUAGAGUGCUCAUGCGAUUAAAAAAAAAAAGCAAAACACACACACAAACAAACAAAAAAAGGGGGCACAACGCCUAUUACACCGCUGGUCUGUAGUACCGGAAUUCUGUUUUUGUUAAAUGGAGAAAAGAAUUUAAGUAAAUUAUAUUGUAAUAAAAAAAGGUAGCUAAACCAUUGUACAACAGUAUUCUAGGUGGCCAGUUAAGUGUGACAGACGCACGAAGAGAAAACAAAACAAGAGUCAACCCUCCAACUUUAACUUGUAACGUAGCUUCAUUCUCCAAGCUGACUUCCCCCUCUCCUCCUUUCUCCUAUGCGUAUUACAGAUGAAAUUUAAAACAGUUUUCUUGACACUGCUUUUCAUGUCCAACCAGCCAUUUUGAUGUACUUUGGUAUGAGAUUUCCUCCCUCCCUCCCUUCCUCCCUCCCUCCCUCCCUCCCUUUCCCUUUUCACACAUGCACCGGUUCAUGGGUGAAUGUCGUUUGGCUAAUUGUAAAGAGGAUUUUGUGGGAUGAUUGGGGGGGCGGGGGAGGAGGGGCACACGGCAAGGAAAAAAAUAAAUAAACUUUGUAUAUGACUUUUAAAAUACAAACAAAGAGGACAACACAGUAUUUUUCAAAAUUGUAAAUAGCGCAUAUGCAUGGACAAAAAAAAGAGCAAGCGUGGCACGUGUUUGCAUAAUGUUUAAUUACGAAAAAAAUAUUUAUUCUUUAAAGAUCUUCAAGAUGUCUA